CGGGACCGUCUCACUUGGCAUUCGCUUUACUGGAAUAUUCUGUGAGAGCGACCCAGCCCUGUCCACCUGCUGCCGGCUGGACCCUCUGCUCCUCAGCGGGAGACUGCAGAGUGUGUGACUAAUAUGAGGAAGCCUUUGAAUGGGCUAGACCCUGGAAUCAGACUGCAGGUCUUCCAUUGUAUUUAGACGGGGGAGCAGUAUGCAAACCAAACGGUGAGCUGCCACCGCCUGUCAAACCCCCGCCCUCAUAGCCACCAGCACCUCCAGCCCAGCUUUGGGGGGGGGGAUUGUCCAGACUCUGCCUGAGAACCAGCGCCAAACACAAUGGAUUUCAUGCUGUCCAUCAGUAGUCACAGUCAAGACAAGAUGGAUCCCGGUCAGGCCUCCGGCGCCGCUCCCCCUGUGGGCCCUCACAGCAGCUGCAGCAGGCACCACUACCAGUGCAUCAGGAGGAAGCUGCGGCCUGGACGGAUCCUAGGCUUUGUCAUCAGCCUGAUGGCGGUCUGCACAGUCUGUUCAUGGAGUGCCUUUACUCUGGCCACAUCGGCAUUCGGCGAACUGGAAUCAGCCGACGAUGGCUCAGCAGAGGCGUCAGUGCCCCAAAGAACUCUUCUCCAGCACCACAACCACUCCGCCCUGGCAGAGGACACACCUGUGGCCAUGCGCUCUGCAGGUGAGAUGAAUCAGGGGGACUACCCCACGGACUACUUCACCCUGGAGGAGAGACGCCAGGGCUAUGUAGUGCUUCAUAUGUUUGGCAUGUUGUACAUGUUCAUCGCCUUAGCCAUCGUCUGCGACGAGUUCUUCGUCCCCGCACUCACUGUCAUCACAGAGAAGCUGGAAAUUUCUGACGAUGUAGCAGGAGCCACCUUCAUGGCAGCCGGCGGCUCGGCCCCGGAGCUCUUCACCUCUGUCAUUGGAGUCUUCGUUUCCCACAGUAACGUGGGCAUCGGCACCAUUGUGGGCUCAGCUGUCUUCAAUAUCCUGUUUGUGAUAGGAAUGUGCGCUUUGUUCUCCAAGGAGGUGCUGAACCUCACCUGGUGGCCUCUAUUCAGAGAUGUCUCCUUCUACAUCAUUGGCUUACUCAUGCUCAUCUAUUUCUUUCUGGAUAACCAAAUCACACUGGGGGAAAGUAUAGGCCUGCUGAUGUGCUACACCACCUACGUGACAUUCAUGAAGUUCAAUGCCAAAGUGGAACGCCUCAUCAAGAGCACACUGGGCAGCAACCAGGUGGAAGAGCUGGAGGCUCCACCAAAGAUGCCAAGUGGAGACGAUGAGAACAAACUGAUGGCCAAACCAAGGCUGCAGAGGGAAGGCAGCUGUGCCUCUCUACACAACUCCCUGAUGAGAAACAGCAUCUUCCAGCUCAUGAUACACACACUGGACCCCCUCAGUGGAGAAGGAAGGUUCAAAGAAAAGGCAUCGAUCCUUCACAAAAUGGCCAAGCAGAAGUGUAAAGAAGACGGUGCCAAUGGUGUAGCAGCCGAUAAAAACAUUCCUAACAGCACCAACGUUGCAGUGGAAGUCACGCCGCCCAUGAACGGCAGCAUAGGAGGGGCUGAGCCUGAUGAUGAGGAGGAUGAAGAUCAGCCCCUGAGCCUGGAGUGGCCCGACACAUUCAGGAAACAGGCCACCUACCUGGUCAUCCUGCCCAUCGUCCUGCCCCUCUGGCUCACACUGCCCGACGUCAGGAGAGAGACCUCAGUAAGGUUCUUCCCCGUCACCUUCCUCGGCUCCAUUUGUUGGAUUGCGUUCUUCUCCUAUCUGAUGGUGUGGUGGGCUCACCAGGUUGGAGAGACUUUCUGGAUCACAGAGGAGAUCAUGGGUCUGACCAUUUUAGCAGCAGGCACUUCAAUUCCUGACUUGAUCACCAGUGUGAUUGUGGCUCGAAAAGGCCUGGGCGACAUGGCUGUGUCCAGCUCUGUGGGCUCCAACAUCUUCGAUAUCACUGUGGGGCUGCCGUUCCCAUGGCUCCUGUACAACAUCCUCAACGACUUCAAGCCGGUGGAGGUGAGCAGCAACGGCUUGUUCUGCGCCAUCGUGCUCCUCUUCCUCAUGCUGCUCUUCGUCAUCAUCUCCAUUGCAUCGUGCAAGUGGAAAAUGAGCAAGCUGCUGGGCUCCCUCAUGUUCUUGCUCUACUUCAUCUUCCUCAUCAUCAGUGUCAUGCUUGAGGACAAGAUCAUCAUCUGCCCCGUCACCAUCUGAGACAGAAUGGGACAGGAACAGGUGUGAGGCGGCUCACCUGUUCACCGAGUUCAUAUCAGAGCACAUGAACCUGCUCAUACAGAGAGAGACACACUGCAAGGCAAGAGUUUAAUAUCAGUCUCUGUCUGUCUCUCUCUCUCACACACACACACAUUUACACACACACACGUACACACAAAUACAGACA